GGAAAACAAGCAACGUAAACGAAACGAAGCAAGGGCUGACGUGUGAAUCAAGUCGCUGCACUCGUUGCCAUCGCCGUUGUGAUACAACCCUACCCCAAGCGCUUCAUUCAACGUUGACGAAAGGUGCGGAUAACCCUUCUAAAUAGGUAAUAGCAAUUCAUAUAAAAUAAUUCAGGAAGGGCAACUUCACACGUCAACAGCAACGACAAAAUAAAAGAAAAUGCGCCCGGCUGACGCACGCCUGCAGAGCCUCGGUGCCACCUUUGCGGUGCACUACUACACCACGCUCGUGGAGGCCCCCGAGAAGCUCGCGGCGCUGUACACUCCAUCUGCCCACGUCGUCCACAGCUUCAAGAAGGCCAGCGGUGUGGCGGAGAUCACUGCCCUGCUCACCACCGUGACGGCUGCCGGCGUGACAGAAGUAAAGCUAGAGGACGUGUCCACCACCCGCACCACUGCAGGCGGCAUCAAGGUCACCAUCACUGGCCAGCUUCUCGGCCAGGCCUCUCCACAGGGCUUCACGCAGGAGGUGGAGAUGCGGGAGCUGGAGAGCAACGUGUUCGGCAUUACGAGCGAUAGGCUGAGCCACACGGUGGCGGCCCACACGGCGUGGACGGCGGAAGAGACACCAAAGACGACGGCGGCGGAGGAGCCCGCUGCUGCUGAUGUUGAGCCUGAGAAGGGAAGGAACGAGGACGGAAAGGAGAAGGCGCAAUCUCGAAAGCCUACACCGGCACCUGCCGCCGCCGCCGCCGCUGCUGCUGAGGAGUCCGCGCCUGCUGCGGACGCGGAGGAGCCCGUCAAGAAGCCCACAAGCUUCGCGGAGGCCUUAAAGAUGAAAAAGAUGGGCGAGGGGGCGGCCUUCUCCAACAAGGCGGUGCGCGUGGUGGCGUCCGACAAGGCCGGUGCCGUCUCUGCUGCUGCUGCGGCGAAGUCAGAGAAGGCAGAGAAGGGUGAGAAGAAGCACGCCAUUAAGAAAGCGGAUAGGCCAGUCGGCACCGCCGCCACCGCUGCGUCGACUUCCCCCGUUACGGACCGCGCCGCUGCGUUAGUGUACUACGACAUCAUUCUUAAGGAGCUGGACCCCGCCGUGACGGAGGACGAAGUGCUGGCACUGGUGACCCCCGUAGCUCCCGUGAAGCUGGUGCACGUCGUGAAGGGCGAGAAGCGCCGCCGCAUCAAGGAGGCCGACGGCGUUGCCGCCGCCUCCACGUUGACGUUUGCUUUUGUGCAGCUUGAGCGACCGGCUGAUGCGCCGGCCUCGCAUGUGAAGAACGUGGUCACAAAGCUUUCCGAGCACCACAAGGACCUGCACGUGGAGGAGGUGCGGGAGAAGAAGAAGGCGCCGGCGCACGGCAGUCCACGCGCGGCGAGGAAGCCGAUGGCCAGCGCGCAACGCCGCAAGCCCGCCGAGCACACGAAGGACUCGGCUACCGCCCCUGUCAAGCCGCAGCAGAAGAAACGCGAGUAA